GGGAAAGCCAUAGUUUACCGGGCACUGCUCAACGAGAUCAAACCAUCCAACAUUCUUCUACUUUGUUACUCGUUUUCUUACGUUCACACAUUAGAGGCUUCAUUACGUGACCCGCACUAUGUAUUUUGGCAGUUUGUUGUGAAUAUUGGAAGUCAAACAGAAUUAGAGCACACUCUCAAGAAAAGUGACAAGCCAUAGAUCUUGGAAUAACUGAUUCCUAAAUCUUUCCAAGAUGGAGAUUGUCUACGUGUACACAAAGAAGAGGUCAGAGUUUGGCCGUCAGUGUAACUUCUCUGACAGACAGGCUGAGCUUCAUGUGGAUAUUAUCCCUGACCCUAGCCUGGCAGAGAACUUCAUUGUGAGGAACCCAGUUGACACAGGCAUACAAUGUGUCCAGGAGAUGUCAGAACAUGAGGUGAACACCGAGAGAUUUGAGACAGAUUCCAGAGGGAUAAAUCACACAGAAGGUGGCUGGCCUAAAGACAUCAAUCCUCAGGAAGUGGAACAGGUGAUGAGGUUCAGGAAGAAGGUGGAGAAAGAUGAGAUGUACAUCAACACUAUUCAGCAGCUGGGCACAGUGAUGGAGCACUGCAUCAGACAGAACAAUGCCAUUGACAUCUAUGAGGAGUAUUUUGAGGAUGUAGAAAUAGACCAGGUGGAUGAAGUGCCUUCAGCCAAAACUAUCAAUGUCUUCAGAGACCCUAAUGAGAUCAAGAGGACAGCAACACACAUCUCCUGGUUCCCUGAUGGUCCCCGCAAACUGGCUGUGGCUUACUGUAACCUGGAGUUCCAGGGUUCCUCCCCUGACACAAGCAUGGACUCCUACAUCUGGGAUAUCGAAAAUCCCAACAAGCCUGAAAUGGUGAUGAAGCCUGUCUCCCCUUUGGUUUGCCUGGAGUAUAACCCAAAAGAUGCUCAUGUCUUGCUCGGUGGUUGUUAUAACGGACAAAUUGCGUAUUGGGACACAAGAAAAGGCUCACAGCCAGUGGAGGUGUCACCUAUAGAGCACAGUCACAGAGACCCAGCAUACAAGGUCAUUUGGAUCCAAUCUAAGACUGGUACGGAGUGUUUCUCAGCAUCCACAGAUGGUCAGGUCUUGUGGUGGGACAUUCGUAAGAUGGGAGAGCCAACAGAGAAGCUCAUUCUUGACCCCACAAAGAAACAGGAUAUAACAAAAGCUGAAGGAGCUAUGUGCUUGGAGUAUGAACCAACCAUUCCAACAAAAUUCAUGGUAGGAUUAGAGCAAGGAGGAAUUAUGUCCUGUAACAGAAAAGCCAAGACCCCUGCAGAAAAAAUUGUAGCCAUUUACAAAAACCACCAUGGGCCAGUUUACUCAUUACAGAGAAAUCCCUUCUUCCCUAAAAACUUCCUCAGUGUUGGUGACUGGACAGCCAGGAUUUGGUCAGAAGACAUCAGGGAAUCAUCUAUCAUGUGGACAAAAUACCAUACCUCCUACCUGACAGAUGGAUGCUGGAGUCCCAUCAGACCCUCAGUAUUUUACACGACCAAGAUGGAUGGUACUCUGGACAUCUGGGACUUCAUCUUUAAGCAGAAUGACCCAACACUCAGUUUACAGGUUUGUGAUGAUGCCCUCCACAGUAUCCGUGUCCAGGAACAGGGCAGACUAGUGGCCUGUGGAUCAGAACUGGGUACCACCACCCUCUUGGAGCUCUCAGACAGUCUCUGUACUCUACAGCGCAAUGAGAAAGCCCUCGUCACAGCUAUGUUUGAGCGAGAGACGCGACGAGAGAAGAUUCUUGAUGCCCGUCACAGAGAGAUGAAACUGAAAGAGAGAGUGAAGAGCUCGCAAGCAGGCCAGCAAGAGGAAGAGCAGCCAGAGGCUGACCCUGAUGAUGAGGAUCUGGUGGAGAAAGCAGAGAAGGAAUUCUGGGAUAUCAUUGAGAAUGAAAAGGCGCAGAGAGAAAAGAAGGCAGCUCAGCUUGCUCAGCUGGAAGGACAGAAUGCUGUGAACGGUGAGAAGGGAGAUCAAGAGGCUGAGGGAGAAAAGAGCAACGGGACACCGGAGGAUACCCAGAAAGCAGAUUAAACACACAAAGCCCUUCAUCCAUAGCUCACCUUAAAAUCCCUUCAUUAUGGCUGUGACACAGUUUCUGUGGCAGUUUGGUACAGUGAAUGCUACUGACUAUCAGGGAGACCAGUCAACAAGUUUUCAUAUUCCAAAAGCUUAGCUGAACCUCUUGUCUGUGAUAAACUGGAUAUUCAGAGAUGUACAUUUUAAGCAGCUAAGCAGACAUUUGCAGAUGUCAAACUGUUCAUUAGAUGUCACAGUUUUUAAGUACUAAAACACCUUUUAUUGAACCCACACAUGGUAUAUAAUCUGGUCUUGUCAUUUCAGUUGAAAAUGACAUGAUUACAAAUUACUCAGUGUGGUUCAUUGGUGGCUUUUCUAGGUUCACAUGUUAAUAACUGAGUGUGCAUCCACUGCAGUAAAAAAUAAAGUAUACUGUGUUUUGUUCCAUUCAUAUUAAUAGUUACUUGUUCUUUUCUUUUGUACAUAUUUUAUGUUGACUAUAUAUGCUAUUGUUUCAAAGACUUCAUGAAUUUAAAUAAAUUAUCAAUAUAUUU